AAACUCGUAAUACCGUGAGCAUCACGCUAGGGGGCAGCAGUUCUUCCGUGUGAUGAGAGGAGAAUGACCCAUUCACUUCGCUAACGUUACUGGACAAUAUUCCAAACGUCCAGUGAAUAACCCUUUAAACUUUUGACUGGAGCAUACUGAAGUGUUGCCAUCAUGUCCGGUGGUCCAGCAGUGAGGGUCAGCAUCGAGUCUUCCUGUGAGAAGCAGGUGCAGGAAGUGGCCCUGGAUGGAACAGAAACAUAUGUCCCCCCUCUGUCCAUGUCCCAGAACUUGGCAAAGUUGGCACAGAGAAUCGACUUCAGCCAGGGAUCUGACUCAGAGGAGGAUGGGACCGAGGGGGAACCCAGGGACCGUGAGUGGAGCAAGCAGGAGCCAGAGGAAGAAGAAGGCACAGUGAAGUUCCAGCCAUCUCUUUGGCCCUGGGACUCAGUGCGUAACAACCUCCGCAGUGCCCUGACAGAGAUGUGUGUACUCCAUGAUGUGCUCAGCGUGGUGAAGGAGAAGAAGUACAUGGCUUUAGACCCAGUGUCUCAGGAUCCAACGGCUGGCAAGACCCCCCAGGUGUUCCAGCUGAUCAGUAAAAAGAAAUCAUUGGGCACAGCAGCGCAGCUCCUCCUAAAGGGAGCAGAGAAGCUCAACAAGUCCGUAGCAGAGAACCAGGAGAACAGGAGGCAGAGGGACUUCAACUCUGAGCUGCUGCGACUCCGCUCUCAGUGGAAACUGCGCAAAGUAGGAGACAAGAUCCUGGGAGACCUCAGCUACCGAAGCGCAGGUUCCCUUUUUCCUCACCAUGGCACGUUUGAGGUGAUCAAGAACACAGACAUUGAUUUGGACAAAAAAAUCCCAGAAGACUACUGCCCCCUCGAUGUCCAGAUCCCCAGUGAUUUGGAGGGAUCUGCUUAUAUCAAAGUGUCCAUCCAGAAACAAGCUCCAGACAUUGGAGAUCUGGGAACUGUCAACCUGUUUAGGAGGCCGCCAAAAACCAAAGCCGGUACCCAGCCGUGGCACGUCAAGCUGGAGGCGGCUCAGAAUGUUUUGCUCUGUAAAGAGAUCUUCGCUCAGCUGUCCAGGGAAGCUGUCCAGAUUAAAUCCCAGAUCCCUCACAUUGUGGUGAAGAAUCAGAUCAUCUCACAGCCUUUCCCAGGUCUGCAGCUGUCCAUCUCACUGUGCCAUUCUACGGGGGAGAAGAAGAACCAUCGGGCGUCACCAGAGAAACCCAAACCAGACGACCACCUUUACGUACUGGAACACAAUCUACAUCAAAUGAUGAGAGAGUUCCACAAGCAGCAGCUGAGCUCUGUGGUGAUGCCACAUCCUGCUAGCGCCCCCUUUGGCCACAAGCGCAUGCGCCUAGCGGGGCCACUGGCCUACGACAAAGCUGAAAUCUCCAGCUUGCAACAGAGUGAGGGGCUCCUCGAGAAGAUCAUCAAACAGGCCAAACACAUCUUCCUACGUAGCAGGACGGCGCGGACUAUCGACAGCCUGGCAAGCCGCAUAGAGGACCCGCAGAUCCAGGCUCACUGGUCCAAUAUCAACGAUGUGUAUGAGUCCAGCGUCAAGGUGCUCAUCACCUCUCAGGGCUACGAGCAGAUCUGCAAGUCCAUCCAGCUGCAGCUGAACAUUGGUGUGGAGCAAAUCAGGGUGGUGCACAGAGAUGGACGUGUCGUCACAUUAUCACACCAGGAACAGGAACUGCAGGACUUCCUCCUCUCACAGAUGUCGCAGCAUCAGGUGCAUGCAGUUCAGCAGCUGGCCAAAGUGAUGGGCUGGCAUGUCCUAAGCUUCAGUAACCAUGUAGGCCUGGGCCCAGUGGAGAGUAUUGGAAAUGCCUCCGCUGUCACUGUUGCCUCGCCCAAUGGAGAGUACGCCAUCUCAGUGCGUAACGGCCCAGAGAGUGGGUGCAAAGUUUUGGUCCAGUUCCCCCGCAGCCAGACCAAAGAGCUGCCAAAGAACGACGUCAUCCAGGACACCAAGUGGAGCCACCUUAGAGGGCCGAGCAAAGAGGUCCACUGGAGCAAGAUGGAGGGACGAAACUUUGUCUACAAGAUGGAGCUUCUCAUGGCUGCUCUGACUCCCUGUCCGUAGAUACAGUCAGUCUGCGGACUCCUCCCUCAUUACAAAGCCAUGUUUUAUAUAUGUUCAGCCACAACAUUUGAAAGGGACAGCAGCACAAAGGCUUUGCAGUCAUGAUACAGACAGCUCCAUCAAAAAUGUGACAUUUUCCUUUUUGAUACUGCCACAGUCUUCUUUCCACCUCCAGCAAUGUCUGCUGCCUGCUCUGUUUUUGAUUGUGUGUGUGUGUCCGUGCGUGCGUGUACCUCAAACACUUUGAUACAAAAUAAAACAUUAAGUCUGUAUUUGUGCAGAUUUGUCAUAAUAAGAAUAAAGCUGUGAAUCAGUUUUUUCUUAGGAGUUCUGGCAAACACUUCAGUGUAUUUCCAAUAUGAGGAAUAUGUUUCUGUAGUUUUGCUUUAUCUUAAUCGCAUGUCAGAUUUGAGCAACAGCAUUUUGGAGAAAAUGACUUUCUUCAAAUUCAGAUUCAUCAGUUUUAAGAAAGAACCACGUGAGGUUUUAGUUCACCUUUAAUUAAAGGUCCAGUGUGUAGGAUUGAGGGGGAUACAUUAGCAGAAAUAUCUACAUAGAAAGCGGCUCCUUAUCCACGGAGUUUCUGCAGUUGGACAAACCUAACUCUAGCCCUUUCUACAGAGAUCGUGCUAUAGGGCAGCGUCGAAGUCCCUCUUUUAUGCUGCCUUUGAAUUUUUACGCAAAACCAAUCAGUGGUGGACUCAUGCCACUCUAGUGUGUAAUUUUAGACAGCAUGAUGGCAUCACUGAAUGAAAAGAGGCAUUACAGGCAGUAACAUUAGAGAGUCGGCCUCUAGUGCGACAUAUCACAUAUGUGUCAGCAGCGCUUUAUUAACAAUAACAAUGGCAUUAACAUGACAAUAACAAUAAUUUACCAGCCAUGUUAUAUGGCGGUUAAUCCGGUCUUCUGUUGAGAGGGCAAGGAGCUCCCAGACCUCAUUGCUUUCCCAAUUUGAUGACAUUUUUGGCCUCUGUUGUUCUCUGAGUUACCAGCUGCUUUUUAAAUCUCCCACCAGUAGGUCACACACAUAAAACGUUGUCAAAAUAUCACUCCUAUCCCGUCCAUGUUCCCUUCCUGCCAGCUGUACAGCCAUCAUUUCGGUGCUUUUACUACCUAUGCUGCCAGCUUGGAGGCGAGACAACCCAAUUAUCCCAUGCUGCAAUUGUACCUAAGCAGCAUAACAGCAUGAAAUUCCCACCCUGAAGAGGCAGUGCAAAAGGGGCUAGUGGCUGUUUACAUUUUUGCAUUGGCCACCACAGCCUCUCUGUGACAUGCCAAACAGUGUUUUUACUUGUUUCAGUCACCCUAUCUGUUUGUUUUGGAGAAGAAGAGACUUUUGCAUUUAAUUCUGGUCGCAAAAUUGCAACUUGCAAUCCUCACUGGUAGAUGACACUAAAUCCCCUUCGAUCUUACACACUGCUUCUUUGAAGUACAGAUGUUAUGCAAGGAAAAGUUGACUGAUUUAUUGUAAUCAAACUCUUUUCUUUAGCAUGCUGUGUAUAUAGAUGCUAAUACAGCUUUUUUUAAAAAUGAGCGGC